AUGCCUCUGCCAUUCUUUGACGGUGUUUCGGCUCCUGCGAAGGUGCAGAGGGCGAGCCUAUUCGCCUUGGCCACCAUUCUGUUUAUCUUCUUUUUCGAAUCGUCAUUCUUCCCUCAUGUUCAGGUCUUGAAACUUCGGAACGCUAAGGCUGAACGGGCGCGGACGGAAUACUACCUCCAAUGGGGCCCUUUUGAACCCAUGCCCAUACCGGGGUUCGUGAAUACCGGACUGCCUGGAAAGAGGUCGUGCGAUGCUCUUAAACACAACUCGACUGUCGGUGUUCAAAAGAGCUUCUUCCUCAAUGACAAUGUCAAGCAGAUUGCAAUGUCUCUUGAUGCACAUCCCGUUGUCGACUACCCGGAUGACCUCAUGCGCGAUCCUAACCUCUCGGUCGAAGAUGUUAUUGACAGGACCUGGACGAGAAUGUCGGGUUCCAGUGUUUGGCUUCCGGAUCAGAAAGUCUACCUCUCAGUAACCAGGAUCAUCUUUUGUCCCAGUCAGACAUGGUCCGUACCAAGAAUGAGCUUCCUUCGAGGUCAAUUGUUCAAUGAAGAUUGGGAACACCUGGAGAACUAUAACAUCACCUGGGGUGACAAGCAAAUAAACUUCCCCAGGGUUUUCGAUAUUCCGGCGCAAUGGGAGGUGGGUGGAACUUUGUAUGGACCUGAAGAUCCUCGUGUCAUUCUCGAAGAGGGCGUGGAGGGUGCCGAGCCUGUUGUGACCUUCAACAUGAUUGGCAGACAAUCAGACUGGAAGCGAGCAAUUUACGUAUUCCGACCAUUCAGUAAUCAUACCACGAUCCUCACCAUUCGAGACAAGGAGCGAGCCGAAACCGAGAAGAACUGGGCACCAUUCUUUGUACCUGAAGAGGAGGUUGUUCCCGCCAGCCUGGCCAGCAAGCUUCACCUACCCCUGACCACAACUGUUCGCAAGCCGAGCGAAUACAUUCACUUCGUCUAUUCGUUCAAGCCUCUGCACAUAUUGAAAUGCCAUCUGCGCUGUGGUGAUUGCGAGAUUGUGUACGCCCAAACGCUGCCUGAGACAUUUUCCAACAAACACAAGGAGGAUGGUGGCAGCUUGCGCGGCGGCACGAAUUUUGUGCCUGUUCCCAUUCCCGAAAGCAUGGGUCUGGACCGGAAAUUGCGUGUGUACGCGGCAUUUCCACGAACGAAUAUCGAAGGUCACUGUGGUGGGAGCUUCUAUCGUCCAGAGUUUGUCAUCCUCGUGAACAUCGGAUCGCACUUUCACCUAGCCUUUGCCAGCGAGUCACUAGACUUUGGUACAUCUCUGGUCGAACUUGGACCUCAAGACGACCGGUGCCACAAGGGCCGAAUCCUGAUCCCGAUGAGCAUCGCACAGUGGGACACGACUCAUCGCCAGGAUAUCAUGACGGUGACCUUUAGCAUUGAUGAUGCAACGGUCCAGGUGGCGCGAGUCCAAGGUCUUUUAAAGUACAUUCUCCACCUUCCUCAGUUCAAAACACUCUUCAAAAAGGACGGGCUCCUCAAGGGUGAAGAGGCUGAGUUCAUGAAUCUGUUGUCUUCCUGGGCAGGUGACGACGUCCGUGGAUGUCUCGUCGAGGCUGCUCUCAAUUACACGGAGGCCCAGCAUGAAAUCACGCACCCGAAAGACCAUAAAGAUGAACUCGACCCUUCGAAUGAACUUUUGCGGAAGAUCUACGAAGAGGAGCACCGGGAAGAACACGGUCAAAUACUCAACCAAGAAAUCAAGCAAGACGAAGAGGAAGGGCAGGGAAAUGAAGAGGAGGAAGAGAAGGAAAAGGAAGAGAAGGAAGACGAGAAGCAGGACAAAGACCACGAUGAGGACAAGGGAGAGGGGGACAACAAAGGUGACCCCGGAGACGAAGAGGAGAAUCGCGAUCCAGGGAUCCCAGAUCUCGAGCACGGAACACUCGAUCCGGACGUCUUGAGGGCCUCGCAGAAGGGGCAUGAUGAGGAAAAACCACAUGAAGGUGAGCAAGAUGACAAACAGCCUGAACCAGCCCAGUACUACAAAGAGAAGCAAGAAAAAGAGCACGAAAUGCCCGGAGAACAAAAGCACAGCGCACACCUGGAGCCUUCCAGCCACAAAAGGCAUCUACACCAUCAUCACUACCACCGUGGCAGAUCGAGGCGUUGA